GAAAGAUCACACGAAAAAUUGACGUCUAUGCCUUUGGUGUGAUACUCUUGGAGCUAAUGACAAGUAGAAAGGUACUCGAUGACACUGUCCCCAUCGAAGACGCCAAUUUAGUGGCCGCCUUUCGCCGAAUCCACCCCAAAGAUCUAUCUAGCUUAGCGAAAUUUGUUGAUUCUUCUCUCUUUACCGACGAAGAAUCUCGCGAAAGCAUUGCCGAUGUUGCAGAGAUUGCUUAUCACUGCACCGCCCGCGAACCCAACAAUAGGCCAGAAAUGGGCAAUGUGGUCGCCAUGUUGUCCCCUGUUGCGGACCAGUGGUCUCCGAGCAAUUACAGCGAUCAUGAUGAUGGCAGCGAGUCGAACAUAAGCCUUAGGAGUAUGGUUCAUAAAUGGCGAGUGAGUGAUGAAUCUUCCUAUAUCGAUAGUUUCGGCACUUACAAGGCAAGCACAAGUACCUUCAAUUAGAUUUAUUGAUAAUAUGGACAUUUACAUACAUACCACAGAAUUCUUUUGUAUUUAUAUAUUUAACACCUAA